AUGAUGGCAGAUUUAAUAAUGGGAGUGAAUUUUGAGGAUAAAGAAAAAUAUAUUAAGGAGUAUGAUAUGACAAGAAGUGAGGAUAUAGUUGAGUUAAUAAGGAUUUUAAAAAUUCAAGAAGAUUCAAGAAAAGCAUUAGAAGAGGAGAUAAAAGUUAUAGUAUCUAAUAAUGAUAGUUUAAGGCAGGAAUUAAUAUCUAGUAAUGAAAUGGUUAACUAUUGGAAGGAUCAGUAUGAAAUAUGUAAUACAUCUUUAAGAAUAGUGAAUGAAGAAUUUGAGCAAUUAAAGGUUCAUGAUGAAAAUAUGAAUACAUUUAAUAAGACAUUUAAAAGCAUGGAAUGCAAAAAAUGUGGAUAUGAAUGGAAGAGAGUAAAUGUUGAAAACGAUAAUAGAGAUUUGAAAUCAAGAUUAAAUGAUGAUGAACUGGAGAAUUUCUUGGAUAUUACAAAUAUUUUAGUUUCUUCGUUAUAUAUGAAUGAGGUUGAAGGUUUAGGUAUAGAUGAGAAUGACCAAGGGAAAGAUAGAAAAAUAGAUGUUGAUAUUAAUAAAUAUCAGGCUACGAUAGAAAAGGAUCAGGAAAUUGGUAAGCUUAAGAUUGAGAAUGAAGAACUUAAAAUACUUUUAGAAAAAAAGGAGAAGAUAAUAAUUGAUCUACAGAAUGAAUUGGGUCAGUUAAAGAGUAAAUUAAUGGUAGAAAAGAGCUUACCAAAUGUAUUUAAAGUAGUUAGUAAGAAUUUAGUAGAUAUUGUAUCAGAGGAUGAUUCUCCAGAAUCUAGUUCAAAGGUUAUAUCAAAUGAUGACGAAUUGCUGGAAAAGUUUAAAAAGAAUUAUUUGGAACAAGUAAAAUCGAUUAAUAAAAAAAGAAAGAUAGCAUUUUGUUCAGAUAAUGAUUUAGAUAGGAAGGAAUUGAAAGUUUCUGAAAGUUUAGAUAUUUUGAAUGAUUUGAAUAAUGAUGAUAAAUCAGAAGAAGUUGGGGAUAUUAAUAGAAUUUCAUAUUUUGAUAAUGAUGAUUUAAAGACGGAUUUAAGAUAUUAUGAUAAUUAUUCCAAUAAUAUAAAUACUAAAACCAAUGAUAAACUUUUGAGUGAUUCAAGUGAAGGUAUUUUGGAUGAUAUUAUUGAUGAGAAGAAGUAUGAUAAUGAGUCAAACAUGAAUUUAAAAAUAGUAGAAGAGUUGGAUUGGGAAGAUGAUAAUUGGGGAGAGGAUGAAGAGAAAGAAAAAAAUGAGGAUUUAAAUUAUAUGAAAAAGGAAUUGGAGAAUGAUACUAUUAAUGAAAAGGAUUUGGAUUCUUUCAAUAAGGAGAAGUUAAUAGACAACGAAAAAAUAACUAAUGAAGUGGAAGGGAAUAAAAAGAAUGUAACAGGUUUAACAUCAUUUUUGGAUGAUUUUGUAAGCCAUAUUUCAGGAUCUAUAAAUGAUGAUAAAAUUGGAAAAGAUGAUAAUAAAAAUGAAAGCAGUUUCAAGGAUAUUUUUGAUUCUUAUAGUAGUAAUAAAGUUAGUAAUGUUUUGAAUAGUAAUAACUUUAAUAACACAAACAGUCAUAAUAUUCCAUCAUUUACAGGAUUCGUUUCCAAUAUCAAAAGCUUCUUUAAUGAUGAUAAGAAUAAAUCUUUCGUUGAUUGGAAUCUUAAGAAAAUCCAGGAUAACCAGUUGGAUUCAUUAAAAAACAUGAAUAAAUCUGUUAUUAAUAGUAUCAGUAAUAAUGAUCAUGACAAAAUUGAUAGUGACUGGGAUAAUGAUGAUUGGGGAUUUGAGGAUGAUGAAGAGGAAGAAGAUGAUGAUAAGGAGAAAGAGGUGAAAGAGGUAAAAGAGGUGAAAGAGGAGAAAGAGGGGGAAGAGGAGGGAGAUGAUUGGGGCGAUGAUUUUUUCAGUGAGGAAAGUGGUGAUUAUGACACAAGUCGUAAAGAGGAAAGAAUUCAUUUAUGGAAAAAUAGUGAUAUAGGGAUUAAAAAUAGUAUAGAAUAUAGUGAAUCAUCAUCUGAAGUAAAGAUCCAAGAUCAAGAAAAAUUGGCUAAAGGUUCAUAUGAAGGACUCAAUAAAUUCAAUGAUUGGGAUAGUAUGGGUGAUUGGAGUGACGACUUUGAGGCUUUCAGCAAAGAAGAGAAGAAAAAGAGAAGCUUAGAAUAG